GCUCCGGGAUGGACGCACGAACGGUGGCAUUCUGAGGUCUCAGGAAGCUGGCCCAUUUAAAUGUUCACGGCCCAUGAGAAGGGCAUCUGAGAAACCAUGGCGCUCCCUUUUCAAAAAGAGUUGGAGAAAUAUAAGAACAUUGAUGAAGAUGAGCUUCUUGGAAAACUCUCAGAAGAGGAAUUGAAACACUUGGAAAAUGUUCUGGAUGACCUAGAUCCUGAGAGUGCCCUGCUGCCAGCCGGAUUCCGGCAGAAAGACCAGACCCAGAAAGCAGCCACCGGCCCCUUUGACCGCGAGCACCUCCUCAUGUACCUGGAGAAGGAGGCUUUGGAACAGAAAGACAGGGAAGACUUUGUGCCUUUCACUGGAGAAAAGAAAGGGAGAGUCUUUAUCCCCAAAGAAAAGCCCGUAGAAACGCGUAAAGAAGAAAAAGUGACUCUUGAUCCAGAACUGGAAGAAGCUUUGGCCAGUGCUUCCGACACUGAACUCUACGAUCUUGCAGCUGUUCUUGGAGUACACAAUUUGCUCAAUAACCCGAAGUUUGAUGAAGAAACACCCAACACUAAAGAUGGCAAAGGGCCUGUGAGAAAUGUGGUUAAAGGUGAAAAGGUCAAGCCCGUAUUUGAGGAACCACCCAACCCCACCAAUGUGGAAGUAAGUCUGCAGCAGAUGAAAGCUAACGAUCCCAGCCUCCAAGAAGUCAAUCUCAACAACAUUAAGAACAUUCCAAUUCCAACCCUGAAAGAAUUUGCAAAGGCUCUGGAGACCAACACCCAUGUCAAGAAGUUCAGCCUGGCUGCCACCCGCAGCAAUGACCCUGUGGCAAUUGCUUUUGCAGAUAUGCUGAAAGUGAACAAGACCUUGAAAAGUCUAAACAUAGAAUCCAAUUUUAUAACUGGAGCUGGGAUCCUGGCCCUGGUAGAGGCACUAAGAGAAAAUGACACCUUGACAGAAAUCAAGAUCGACAACCAGAGACAGCAGUUGGGAACAGCUGUAGAGAUGGAAAUUGCCCAGAUGCUCGAGGAGAAUUCAAGGAUCCUCAAAUUUGGAUAUCAGUUUACCAAGCAAGGGCCACGAACAAGGGUGGCAGCUGCCAUCACAAAGAAUAAUGACCUGGUUCGUAAAAAGCGAGUUGAAGGAGACCGAAAGUAA